AUGAACCUUCAUCAGAUCCCUAGACACAAGAUUCAAUUUCUGAGACAAAUUCACAAGAGUCAUAGUUCACGGUUCAGCAGUGCUCUCAGAAAAGGAUCCGAGGUGAUGAUUCAAGUUUUUGAAGGACCUCAUUCCCAAGAGCUCUGGGAACAAACUGUUGAUUUUGCCUCAAACCUAGUCAAUGCCCAUUUACAAAAUCUCAUUGGAAGUUCUCCUGAUGAGCCCUCGGAUAAGCCUCAGAAACAUCCUUGUUAUCUUGUUUUUGAUGGAAGAGGUUGUAGAAACACUCACCAUUUGCUGGCAUCAUUGCUGAGGGCUGGAGCAAUGCAAACUACAUUGGUUGGGAUGCAUAUGGUACAUGGAAUUGCAUCCGGAUUGGAUUAUCUAUUCCAACAAGAAAAUUCACUUAAGGAAAGAUAUUUAAAGAUAUGGCAAAACUCACGCGAUGUACUAGCCAAUGACUUCACUUUAUUCUCCAAUGACCUUGGUCAUACAACAAUUGCAUUCACACCAGAGUUCGAAACUCAAUGCAAUGACCCAGUAUGUGAAACACAGAUAAAGAAACAGGAAAUUGAACUUGGUCUUGAAGACAACAGUAAUGAUCUAGAAACAUUGGGAGAAUAUCUGUGUGCAACACUUAUACAAAGGGCAUUUCAUGAUGCAAAUAAACUCAUUUACAUGGAUGCACCAAAGCGCGAUUACAUGCCAUGGAAUGACCUCGAUGACGUUAUGAUCAAUCAGUCUUCGGACAAUAAACAAUUAGGCAAAGCAAUUGAAGGCAUUUCUCGUUCCACCUUGGAUUCCCAUCCUUCCAAAAGGCUAUGUCGCCGCGAAAUUGUUUGGAGGUCUUAUGAUCAGUAUGGCACAAACAAGGCAUCACUAGGAUCUAUAAUAGAAACAUACCAGAACCUCCUGGAUUCUCUGGCAGUCACCAGCUCACAUAAUCUUGCUGGCAUAUCUCUUCCACACUAUCGAAAUCUUCCUAUGCUCAAGAUGCCAUUUGAUGCACAAUGUUUUUGCGGGGGAUAUUCAUGGGAAGAGAUUAUUCUCAAGCCAGAUGCAUUCACAAACAAAGUCUUGACCUAUAGAUUAUGUUGGCGGUGCUGCUUUGAAGGCACUGAGCCAGGUUUAUGA